AUGCUGAAAGCUGUGGAUUUUGCUCGUAAUGCUGGUUGUGACUCAUUUGUGGCUGUCGGAGGCGGAUCUGUAAUCGAUACAGCAAAGGCCGCAGCAUUGUACUGCUCGAAUCCAGAGUCCGACUUCUUCGACUUCGUCUGUCUACCAUUUGGCAAAAAUAUGGUGCCACAGAAUCCAAUGCUUCCGCUGAUUGCUGGUGCUGCAAUUAUGGACCUUCCGAAGCAUCAGUGUAAAUCUGGCAUACGACAACGUUGUAUCAAACCCCUGCUGGCCAUUGUGGAUCCUGAAAAUAUCAAGAGGCAAGUUUUAAAAUGCCAUGCCUUUAUUCUGGCGCUUCCUCGAUGGAAAUGUUACAGUAUGCCUCGAAAUGUGGCCAUCUACUCUGGCUUCGAUGUGCUCUGUCAUGCGCUCGAGAGCUAA